AUGUCGGGCAUUGCGAAACCACUUAUUCCUGAACCAAUAGUCUACGUUCAAGAAGGACAAGAACUGUACGUUACUGAAUGGGAAGAUAGGAGUUGUUGCGGCGGCAAAACAAAUUGUUGCAGAUGUGCUUACUUCCCUGCUGCAAAAAUCCGCAUUUGGGGACAUUGGAUUGUAAAAUUACCAAAAGUUAUCUUCGCCUGCAGCUUGUUUUUGGCGUCAUUAGGUUUCUUUUCAUAUUCUCUUUUCUUUAACAAAUCAGAUUGGUUUACAAAGCAUUACAAUGUCGCAUUUGGCUUACAGAUAUUCGGUGGCUUUGCGUUUUUCUGCUUAUCAUUCGCAUAUUUUACAGCUAUGAUCAAAGGUCCAGGAUACUAUCCAUAUAACUGGUCAUUGACUAGGAAAACUCAAUACACAUGGAAUGAGAUGAUGACUGGUGUUGCAAUGUUCCAAGAACAAGAAGAUUUUGCAAAAUCUCAACCAAUGCCAACGAGAUCAUCAUUCAGUGUUAAUGCUCGCCGAUUUGUUAUACGUGCUGACCACAUUUGCGCAUACAUGCAAACAUGGAUUGGCUUUCAUAACCAUAAAUAUUUCAUAAUGACAACAAUGUGGGCUACAAUUUACUCUAUUACAUAUGUUUUAUCCCAGAUAUCAACAAUUUACGAAGCAAUCUACCAUAUUGCCAAGAAAAAGUAUGAUGCCGUUGAAAUUACAAUGGCAGCCUUGAUUUUGGUUACAGUUGUCUUUGCCUCAUAUAUUUCUGUGUUUUCUUUCAGACAUUUCAUCAUAUCUCUUCGGAAUUUAUCGAGGAAUAGGACAAUCACGGAGAACUACAAUAACAAGCCAUCUCUUUAUGACAGAGGAAGUGCAUGUGCAAAUUGCGAAGAAGUUUGCGGAAAAAGAUACUAUUUUAUCACUUGGAUCUUCCCGUUCUUUGUAUGCUACAAUCCAACACUUCCUAAAUGGGAUGCUGAUAAUAAUUCAGGAGUUAUUGAUUCUGAAUCUGUUGCAAAUAUUUUAUAA